AGCUUGUAUUAUUUGUUCAUCUCAUCUCCCACAGUAUCAGUCCUAAUCUUCAAGUCAAAGAUCAAUGGAAGAAUACCCGGAGGAGCUGCGAACGCCACCGGUGGCAUUAGCGUGUUUGGUGGGGUGUCCCGAUGUGCACUCCCUCAUCACGGCGCACCUCCACUCCCAGCAGCCCCCUAUUAAUGCCAUCGCAUUGCCCGAUUUCUCUAUGAUCUCCGUCAUCCCCCCUAAGAAACCCCCUCGAGAUAUUUCCGACCCCAUCCGCGGCAUUCUCAGGUCAGAUUGGCUUUCCAAGCACCGUACUAGGAUUCCUUCCGUCGUUGCCGCUCUUUUCACCUCUAAUCAUGUUUCCGGCGACCCCGCCCAAUGGCUCCAGGUCUGCACCGAUCUCGAAAAUCUCAAGGCCACAAUUCGUGGGAGGAACAUCAAAUUGGUGGUGGUGGUUGUCUCUCAGUCUGGUCAUAAAGAUGUCACGAGUGAAGAUCGCAUGAUUGCGCUGAGGAAACGUGCAGAAGUAGAUUCGAAAAACCUUAUCGUUUUUGUACCGGAUGACCAAUUGGAACUUAUACAAUCUCUAAGCAGGCAUGGCCUAUAUGACCUUUUCAUCAUCUUUAUUGGGUUUUCCUCUUUAUUUGAUUUUUUUUACGCAAAUAAAAUUGCCAGAAAUAGGUUUUUAAGUCAAUUUUGCUUAAAUAUUGAGGUGAUUGGCACUGGUAUAAAAUAUUGUUCCCACAUUUUUAGUGCUUUGUGA